GACUGGCGAUCCCUCAAAUGAACGUCUCGUGCAAAAACGUCGAACUGUGUACUCCAUAGAGUUUCCUACAAAAAUUGUAGGAAACUCUAUGGUGUACUCGAACAAGAGUGUACAGUACACUUCUCUAUUCUAUGGUGUACUCGACAUAUCCCUCUACUGAUUGUGGCCGCACGAAACUGGACCCGUUGCCGCGGGUAUUUGUCGUGCAUGUGUAAAAUAAAAGUAAGCAAAACGAGGGCCAUGGCUAUUCGGCGUGUCGUGAGCGUCGCUGCAUCAAUAUUCGUUUUCGUUUUCGUUGUUUACACUGCUGCCGACCUUGCAAGUUUUCUGUCUUGGAGUUACGGCAGUUCUCGCAGUGCCGCGAUCCAAAUGUCUCACAGCCCCCUGAUGUGCAUGCUGUGGGACAUUGGCCUUGCGCUGCAGUUCUGCUUCCAGCACAGUGUUCUUUGCUGGCCAAAAGUAUGCAGAGCAUUUGAAAGCCUCUGUGGAGUUCUCUCAAGAAGUGUUUACUUGCUUGCCAGCUGCCUGUCACUAAAGCUCCUGAUUCUGCUGUGGCUGCCAGUAGACAGUCACACUCUGUGGGCCAUCGAGGAGGGUUCUCCUCUUUGGAGGACACUUCCUGCUACCCAUGGUGUCUGCUGGGCUGUCAUCUACAUUGGCUGCGUCAUCACAGACCUUGGUGAACUGGCUGGCAUCAAACAGGUUUGGUACAGUGCAGAAAGCAGCAGGUACACCAGCUCAAAGUCAUGGCAAUUGGAGCACUUGCUGCAACACAUGAGGCAUCCCAGCUUUGUGGCACUGAGUGUCAUUCUCUGGUUUUACCCUCUGAUGACCCUGGACAGGGCUGUUCUGGCACUCAUUUUCACGCUUUACCCUUUUGGCUGGUUCAAGGCUCAAGUGAAAGAUUACAGAUAUUGCCACUGCUUCUGGAGAUCCAAGCUGGUGGAACUGUUUCCCAAAGCUGCAGCACAGUGAGGCAGCUUUGUGGCUUCACUUUGUCUGUGGCUUCAAACCUUGAAGUCAUUUCGUUGCAAGAACAGUCAUUCUGCAUGAGUGAUCAUCAUGUAGAUAUCAUGAUGGCAACACAAAUGUUAUUGUUGCUUUCAUGUGGACAUCAGCCACUGUUGCUAGCUCCUGCAACUUUACCCAUUGUACAAAGCAUGAUUUUUGCACAAAUCUCUGCAUUAUGUAUGUAGUAUUAUCCUUAGCUCCACACUGCCAUCUGUAUAUUCUGCACCAAUCCAGCUUUUUCAGCAGCAUUCUGUUGAGGAUGUGCCAAUUGCGUCCCUUGCAAUAAACAUGCUGCACACAUGAUGAACUCUCAUGAUAUUGGGCAUAUUGUUCUUACAAUUACGCAUCAUUAAUUAAAAAGCAGAGUAAGUGAAACAUUUCUCUGUGUACUGCAACAAUGAUACUAGAAUAGAACUGCUUCUGAUACAGUUCUAUUUUGUAAGAUAUUUUGUGGCAAUAAUGAGUGUGUAUCACUCAGUUCUCGAUAUUUACAGCUGGACAGGAAAACAGCGCAUAAGACAAGGAUAGUGCAAGAUCAGCAACACAUGCGCUGACUAACAACAUUGUCUUUAUUGCAACAAGGCAAUAUAUAGAACCAGGAGAGCCCCCCACAUGCGUCAAACGUAUCAUCAAGGAUAAAAAAUAUUGCCUUGUUGCAAUAAGACAGUGUUGUUAGUCAGUGCAUGUGUUAUUGAACGUCCUCGUCUUACGCGCUGUUUCCCUGUCCGAAUGCCACACCAACUAGUCCAACAUUGUGUAUUUACAGCAGUUGCCUUGAUGUGCAUGUUGCAGGAGUUGAGUGCAUUUUAUAGAGGCUGCUAUGAGAUCUUUGUAUGCAUACAUGCAUCUCGAUGGCUCUGCUGUAGUAUGAUCACAUGAGUGACACAUGGCUUGGAUGACUGAUAUGGCUAGCUUUAAGCUUGUGCAGGACAGGAGGGGGUGGCCAAAGAUUAGUACAAACCACAGUGGAUGUACAUGUUUGCAGAAAGCCCUACCAACAAAGCAUAAAUACUGCCUUCUUGUGUACUAACCAAAUGAACACCAGCAAUUUUAUGACAUUUCUUGCACUGAAGUGCGAGCUACUGGCUGUACCAUUUUGCACCUGUCAUGUUGCAUAUCCAACAGCAUAAUAAUAAUCCAUGACAGUAUGGGCUAGUUAGCAUGAUUACAAACCAGCCCUAUCCAACACGUGCUAUCAAAGUUGAGGGCCUAAUCACAUUACUUAACAAACAUGUGUGCAUACUUCAAAAGUAUAUUGCCAGCAUAGGUUGGCACACUCACUUGCACUCCUUUCAAAGGUGUGAAUGUGAGUGAGUGCCGGUGAAUGAGAGUGGACGUGAGUAUGAACAUCAGUGAGUACCUGUGGGUGUGAGUAGGCUUGAGUGCGAACGUGGAUGAGUACCUGUGAGUCUGAAUAGGCAUGAGUGUUAACAUGAAUGAGUGCCGGUGUGUGUGAAUGGAUGUGAGUGUGAACUUGAGUGUGAAUGUGAACGUUUGUGACUACCUGUGAGUGUGAAUAGGCAUGAGUGUGAACAUGAGUGAGUACCGGUGCAUGUGAGUAAGCGCGAGCGUAAAUGUCAGUGCUGGUGAGUGUGUGUGGACAUGAGUGUGAAUGUGAGUGAGUGUCGAUUAGUGUUAGUAGACAUGGUAUGAACCUGUGAAUGUGAGCAGACGUGUGUAUAAACGAGAGUGUCGAUGAGUGGGCCUAUGAACGCGAAUGAGUAACUAUAUCCGAGUGUCGCAUAGACACAAGCAUGAACGUGAGCGACUAUCAUCGAGUGUGAGUAGGUGCAAGCGGAAAUUUUAAUGAGCACCUGUUUUUUAGAAAAUGCGAAUAUGAGCAAGGAACGAAGAAUAUGAAGGAGCAGAAUUUUAGACAGGCUUAUUUUCUGAGUUGAUAGGCAGGCAUAGAAUGCAAGAUGCAAAAGACAAUGUACGUCUUUAAGACUGUUUCCUUCUCAAUAAGAAGAGUGCCCUUGACAUGUUUUAAACGAAAGUGGCCUCACUUCGGAUUUAGAAAAAGUUUAGAGACCGCGAAGUGGGUGACCACUAAUAGCUAGAGCUUACCAUUCUAUUGUCAUUUGUAAUGCUGUUUGCAGGGCCCUUCCCACUCAGCUUAAAGGGACUGCCGGGAGGCUUGGUUGGGAACAGCAGUCCUAACACAGAUUAGGAGGAGUCAAUGGCCGGCUUUCGCAAUUUCCCGCAACUCCGAAAAUUCUGUCAAGCAGACAUUGCACUGAAGCAGUGCCCUCCCUUCAUCUCUAUGUAUAUUGUGAAAUGCUAUCAUACAUGACAUAUAUGCUUGUCAGACGUGCGUGUGUAUAGUUCGGCUUUCACUCACUUUACCAGUCCUCGCACGAUGCUGUACAACCAUCCCACGGGUGACAGUACAUGGCUUCUGCAAUGCAUGGAAAUGUUGCUAGAUGUUUCCUUUGCCUUAUAUGCCUGCAAAGCCUAAAUAAGCAGGAUGAACGCGAAAUUUAGUAACUGUUCUUAGCAGUUGCUCUCUCGACCAUUGCCUAUUCAUUCAAUAUGAAUGUCAGUGUUAUUAGUGUUGUAGCACUGCCUAUGCCCAAUGCCGCCAACAUUACGCAGUUUAUAAACAUAUAAGCGAGUGAAAAAGCCAAUACGUAGCAAGUGCUGUGUCUGUGUGUCUGUUUCUUCGUACGUCCUCGUACAGUCACGCUUAUACACACUACCAUGGAAAAAGCCAUAGCAUUACACUAUAGUGAUAGAGGCCCUGAACAUGCGAUGAUUGCACCACUCAGCAGCAGAGCGAAGCUUCCAUGCAUCAGAAGAUAGUGGAAAACACUUAAAUACACAUGGAUGAAAACACAUAAAGACACAUGAAUCUGUUAGCAGAACUAAGUUAUAAGUGAAAAAAAAAAAGACAGCACAUUUUCAUAUGGCAGAAAAUGGAGCGAACACCCUUGCACUUUUAAUACUGCACUUUAUACUCACGUGGCAGCAGUGUAUGUGUGUGUGUGUUUUUCUGCUACUUUGAGGUAAGUUGUCAUAAUAAGAAUGGGUGAUUAACUAGCCCAACAGCCGGUCACUUGCCCUAUCUCUCACCCUCUUAGCUCAAUACUAGCUCACCCUUAGCUCACCCUCUUAGUGCACCAAUACUAGGGCAUAAACCUGUUUUGGGGCACUUUCAGAAAAUAAAUAAAUUAAAUGAAAUACGACUGAAAAGAGCAAGCAUGCACACUCUCAUCAGGCUAUGCACACACGCACGCGUCGGUGCACAUUCGCCUAGAAAGAAGAAAAAGAAGGUGAGGGGUGUCAAGUGUGAUAGAGUGCAGCGAGGACAGCUGAUAGCAUAGGUUGGUGCACUCGUGAGUGCACUCACUCACACUAUAUUCAAACGCAUGAGUGGGAACGGACUUGAGUAUGAAUGUGAGUGAGUACCUUUGAGUGUGAGUAGACUUUAGUGAGAAUGUGAGUACGUGCAAGUGUGAGUAUGAAUGCGAGUAUGAGUUGGCGGCAGUGUGCGCCUGAGUAGGCAUGAGUGUGAAUGUGUGAGCAUAAAACAUCACGUGAAUUAAAACAUAGGCACUAGCUACAAGGUAGAGUUUAUUUUUUCAGCUAAACACAAACUUCAGACAAUUUGUUCGCAUAUUCGCAAGAUGCCAUCACAAUGUAACAUUAAGCACACCACAAAGUGUAGAUUGUGCAAUAGGCAUAGUGCAUAUGAUCCCGUUUAGUUGCGCCAAGGUAUAUAGGGUUUAUCCGGGAAGUAGUAGGAUUGAUUUUUUUCCCGCCAAAAUGUGGUGAAAAAGGGGGAUGUUACUGCACUGGUUGGAUGGCGGGGGGUCUUAGCUAUGAGCACACCAGUCGCCAGUCAUCUGCAAGCCUUGAUGGAGUGUAGAUCGAGUUUAAGGUGAACCCCUUUCAAAGUGCUUUGUCAUCUACACAAUUAAUCGUUUGUUAGAGCAGCAUUACACUGUGAAGUUUUGCAUCAAACUGGGUAAAACUGCGAGUGAGACCCAUGACAUAAUCAAGACUGCUUAUGGGAGUGAUGCCAUGGGUCGAUCAAGCUUUUUGAGUGGCGCAAAUUGUUUCGGUAGGGAAAAGGGCAUGUUUAAAAUGAGCAAUGGUUAGGACGCUCUUCAACGGCAAAAAAAAUGAUGAAAAUUUGAUGCAAGUGUGAAAUCUUUUGAACUCUGACCGCAGAUUGAGUGCGCGGGUGAUAUCAGAACAAUUAAACUUGCCAAAAACUAUUGUGCACGAAAUUGUGAUUGAAAACUUCGGAUUGACGAAAGUUUGUGCAAAAAUGGUGCCAAAUGUGUUAACCAAUGAACAAAAACAAAUACAUCUUGUGAUUUAUGAAGAA